UAAGGAGGGUUUCACUGGUGCUACCAACUUUUCAAGCCACAAAUUAGAGGGUAACACUUUAAAAGUGGAAGCAAGUUCUCCAGCUUCUGAUUAAGAGUUUGCUUGUUGCUUUGUAGUAGAUAUAGAUAAACAUGUCAACAGAUUCAGAUUUGGAUGAACUGGGAUUAUCUUCAAAUGAUGAAGAGGAUACUCUCAGCAUUACAUUCAACAAUGCUGCUGAUCAUCUUAAAUCUCUUGUUUCAAACUUGGACAAUGCCACUUUAUUAACACUUUAUGGUUAUUAUAAGCAAGGCUCGGAGGGCAAAUGCAACACACCAAAACCUAGUUGGUAUGACCUCAGAGCAAAAUCAAAAUGGGAAGCCUGGAAUAGCUUGGGAGACAUGCCAACAGAUGAAGCUAAAAAAUUGUACAUUAAAAAAAUCAAGGAACUGGAUCCGACAUUUGAGGACACAACUGUAGUUAAAAGCAAGGAAACCUGGGUGAGGGUGUCCACUUUACAAAAGACCUUUGAAGAUGACACAGAGAAAAACGUCACGGACCACAUUAAAGAAGGCAACAUUGACCAGAUAAGAGCACAUCUUGAGACGCUCAGCAUUGAGCACAUUAGCAAGUUGGAUGAAGAAGGUUUGUCACUUCUUCAUUGGUCAGCAGACAGUGGCAAUGCAACAGUUUUGGAACUGUUAUUGUCCACUGGUGUGGAUGUAAAUCUGAAAGACAAUGAUGGACAGACAGCUUUACAUUAUGCAUCAAGUUGUGGACAUGUGGAUUGCAUUAAAGUAUUGCUGAAGAAUAAUGCUGAUGUUAAGGUGGUUGAUAAUGAUGGGUGUUGUCCUGUUUCUGUUGCAUUUGAUGAUAAUGUAAAGGGGUUAAUCCUAAAUAGAUAGUAAAUUUUACAUAAUAAACAAGGGUUACAUAGUA